CACCGGACUCUUUUUAGUCGCUUGUCGGGUUACAACCGGAGUCGGUCGCAUCGCGAGUUCGCGCGCAGCACAGUGCACGAGUGCCCUCCACACGCAUUCCUUAAUUUAAUUUAUACACACAUUCUCACACCAACACACAACUAACGCAAUGGCUACCAACCGUGCGACCAAGAGCGGAUUUGCAGCUGAAGCUCAAAGAAAAGUAAAUGCCAAAUAUAGCGAAGAGUUGGCGCAAGAAUCUCUCGAAUGGAUUCGGUCGAUCACCGAAGAUGACAUCAACACCGCCGGCGACAUGGACAACUUCUACGAGGUGCUCAAGGACGGCACACUACUAUGCAAAUUGGCCAACGUGAUCAAACCCGGCAGUGUGAAAAAAGUGAACCAAUCACAGAUGGCGUUCAAGUGCAUGGAGAACAUUAACGCAUUCUUGGAAGCGGCGCGUGCAUUCGGUGUGCCAGCGCAGGAAACCUUCCAGACUGUUGAUUUGUGGGAACGUCAGAAUUUGAAUUCGGUUGUGAUUUGUUUACAAUCACUGGGACGGAAGGCGCAUAAUUACGGCCUACAUGGUAUGGGCCCCAAGGAAGCCGAGAAGAACGAGCGACACUUCUCCGAGGACAAGCUCAAAGCCGGCCAGACCAUCAUCGGCCUGCAGAUGGGCAGCAACAAGGGAGCCAAUCAAUCCGGCAUCAAUUUCGGCAACACGCGCCACAUGUAAACCAUCUCAUAUCCCCAACACCACCCCGCACACGUAGAUAGCCAUCCUCCAACUUCAACGAAUUCCAAUCGAUCGUAGAUGAUCGCCUUCCAUAAAGUACCUACAUUUCUGUUAUGUUGACGUUUACGAAUUCUUGAAUUUAUUUAUUUAGGCACGAGAAUAUAAAUUAAGUUUUUUUAAGUAAGUCUUAUUUAAAUCGCAUGAUUUGUAAGAAAGUGACGAGUAACUUAUUGUAAUACAUGCCGUAUUGUAAUCAUUGUCGUUGAACGAGAGUUAAAGUUUUUUUUUUACUUUAUUCAUUAAGGGCUGUAAAGUGCUGAGCGAGUUGUGAUGUCAAGCACACAAUUGGAACCAAACUUUGACAUUCAACUUUCAAAAUAUUUGGAACAAAUAGAAGUAGCCUUAUUAGAGUGAUGAGAAUGCGAAAAUUUACUGAAAAGAGUCAAUCGAAACUGAAAAAGAGUCUGUAUUCACAUAUUUUUCUGAAAUACUGUAUGCAAGAUGUAACAUGUAAUGUACUUAUGUGCAUAUUAAAUGUCUCUGAUCUAAAAUAAACAUUCAGUAGGUUA